UAGAUACCUACCUACCUACUUACAUAAAUAUCUUGACUGUAAGUAUAUAAAUAUCAUCACGUAGAACAAAACACGUUUAUUUCUCGGUCGUCAUGGGUCGUCUAGUGUUGUCUGUUUUUUUAUUUGUUUUCCUGUUUGUGGAGCAGUCAUUUGGAACCUUGCAGUGUUCCUCCCACCAAAACGAAAUUCAAAGAUGCGUAAGUGAAUGUCCUCCAGAAAAAUCUUGUCAGAAUAAGGACAUAAAAUUUAGUUGCUUAAAUAAUAAUAAAAGAUGUCAAAUAAAAUGUGUCUGUAAGGAGGGCUUCUAUAGAAACUAUGAUGAUGACUGUGUGCCCAGCGAAGCGUGUGAUCGAUGUCUUGCAUUAAACGAAGUUUUCAAUUGUGGCAGUGCUUGCGACACCACAUGUGCUACACUGAACCAAACCUGCCCGAUUAAAAAUAUAAAAUGCAACGAGAAAUGCUAUUGUAGGCAAGGCUACGCUAGAAACGAUAACGAUGUCUGUAUUCCCAUCAAUGACUGCAAACCCAACAGUAACCAGGCGAGCUAUGGGAAUGUAGUUAGAUCAGGAAGAGCAGCAUAUGAACAUAAAGACCACACUUCAAGUAUUUUAUGCGGCCCCAACGAAGAUUAUCAACAAUGCAAAAAAACAUGUCCACCGGAUCAGUGCAUAUCACUAGUUGCAAGGUUCAAAUGCAUCAGUGACCCCCCGUGCGAGCCUGGUUGCGUUUGCAAAUCAGGCUUUUUACGAGCGAAGGAUAAGUCACCAUGUAUGCCGAUGAGACAUUGCCCAGAAUUGGCUAACUCACCUGAUUUCAACUAAACCCCUCUAGCUUGUAUGUACCUAAAUUUAUAGCAAUUAAAUAUUAUAAAAUCAAA